AUGCGGUACAUCAUCCGAGACGACAAGGCGGCGGUUGGCAAAUUUGUCGGCGAAUACGUAGCAAAACGCAUCAACGCCCACUUUCAAGUCACCGAUCGAGCUUUCGUUCUCGGCUGCCCGACUGGCUCUUCGCCGCUCGAGACGUACAAAACUCUGAUUCAGAUCCACCGCGAAGGGCGCGUCUCGUUCAAAAAUGUCAUCACUUUCAACAUGGACGAGUAUGUUGCCUUGCCUAAAUCGCACCCGGAAUCCUACCACUCGUUCAUGUGGAACAACUUUUUCAGCCACAUCGACAUUCAGCCUCAAAACGUGCACAUCCUUGAUGGCAACGCACCCGAUCUCGUCGAAGAGUGCAACCAGUACGAAGCCAAGAUUCAAGCUGUCGGAGGAAUCGAUCUCUUUAUGGCCGGUGUAGGAUCAGAUGGUCACAUUGCUUUCAACGAACCCGGCUCUUCGCUUGCUUCCAGGACGAGGAUCAAGACACUAGCGUACGAUACCGUCUUGGACAACUCGAGGUUCUUCGACAACGACCCGCUCAAAGUUCCAAGGAUGGCACUGACAGUGGGUGUGCAGACCGUCAUGGAUGCUCGAGAGAUCCUGGUCAUCAUCGUGGGUCAACACAAGGCACAUGCUUUGGCAAAGUGCGUCGAAGAAGGCGUCAACCAUAUGAACACGGUUUCCUGCAUUCAGUUGCAUCCGAAUGCGCUGCUCGUUUCGGACGAGGAUGCUACCUCAGAAUUGCGCGUUAGAACGGUGAGAUACUUCAAAGGCAUUGAAAGGGCGCAGGAGGAAAUCGAAAAGCUCUAUGGUCUGCACGGCCACAAAAAGACCCCUUCUAGCAGCGGUAGCCCUAUCGUUAACGGUACGAUCAACUGA